UGCAUGCUUACCCUCACCAGUUUUAUCGAAUUUUAUGGCUGAGGUUAUUUGAUUUCUGAUUUGGCUACCCAAAAUCAUGAACGAGCCUGCUCCAUCCGACACAGCAAGUGAUAGCGAUUUUGAUGAACAGGAUUUCACCGCUGAAGAGGAUGAUGACAGUAUCGCGCCAGAUGAGGAUGCAGCUGAUGAGGAAGAAAUUGACAGUCUAGUAAAAUGACUCCAGCUACUACUGGGCCGGCGAUCUCCGUUUCACGUUCUGGUCGACUCCGAACCACUCGUCGAACCGGACGACGACCCAUAUCAUCUGUGGAGGAAGAUGCAUCCGAGCGAAUCAAAGCUGAAUCCUCUUCAUCCGUCUAUGUCAAGCGCAAUCGCCGCUCCCCACCAUCUCCGUCAUCCUCCUUGGACACUCUUCCUUUGGAAUCUGCUCUUUUCGCUGUCGAUGCAAACGGGAUCGAAAACAACAAUCCUACGUGCUCCGAACUACGUAGGCUCCCUCCAUUCGACGCCCCUCUUCCGUCUUCAGAGACAAGCGACGUCAUCCGUCCCGAUAUAACUGUUCCCAAACAGCUUAAUGUGCGGCGAACUACCGGUCUCCACAGCUCUGCUAGUAAACAGCGCACUAAGCCCAUUGAGGCUUCCGCUAACUUACCACAACAACUUGCUUCAGCGGAAGUAAUACAAAACCCUCCGUCGCCCUGUGGAAGCCGUCCCAACUCUACUACGCUGCUGGCUUGUCCUGUCGAUCUUGAAUAUGACCCUCGGGAUUGCACAUCUCCCGAUCCCCCGGAAGACGACGGUGAGGAGAGUCAUGACAGUGGACACGAUGAAACGUAUUCCACUCGGUUUUGGAAACGUGCAAUUGUUGGCGGUGAGUCUCCUGCAUCUUACAAUUCCGAUGACGACGAGGAGUACGCUCCCAGCGUUGACAGCGGGCAGGAUUGGCGAGGUGAAAUCCGCAUUGGCGAGGAGUAUCAGGCGCUAGUUCCUCCAUACGCGUCAUCACACUCACGCGAUGAGUCAUUGCUGUCGUGGGACACCCGGCGCAUUGAGUCCGAAUGCAGUCAGUUGUGGCAACCGGGCAAACUUUCAGAGGCCGAGGUCGUUCGCUUUGAACGGUUGUUCGCUCAGGCCGUCGCGUUUCCUCGUCCGAACGACAAAACAGUCGACGAUGAAGAGGCAUUGUUUCUUCUGAUGAGAUGUGACUACGACCCGGACGAGGCUCUCCAACGUUUGCGGUUUCGGACCGUUUUACCUUCUGAAUGUGAUGUUUGA